AUGGAUAUUACAUUUCCAUUUCCUUUUAAACCCUAUGAUAUUCAAGAAAAGUUUAUGAGAGAACUUUAUUUUACUUUAGAAGAACAAAAACUUGGAAUAUUCGAAAGUCCUACUGGAACGGGUAAAUCGUUAAGUAUUUGCUGUGGAGUUUUGAAGUGGUUGAGGGACAAUAAUCAGAAAAUAGUUGAAGAUCUAGAAAAAGAAGUCACUCAAUUGAAGGCAGAAAUAUCAAAUAGUGCAGCAUCUGAUGACUGGCUGACAGAAGAAUAUGAAAAAAUUAAAAAGAAUCAGAAUCUCAUAUCCCUACAACUAAAACUAGAUAAAAUAAAAAAACAAAAAGAAGUCUUUGAUCAGAUGAAAGUACGACUUUCCAAACAGAAGACAAAUUCUGCUAACAAAACUAUAGAAUUCUAUUUUAAUAAGAAGGAUAAAAGUGAGAAAUUAGAAGAUGAUAAGGAGAAUCUUCUAGAAGAUAAAGGGGAGAGUGAAGAAGAUAGAGACCUUAUUUUAGAAGAGAUUGAGGACAAAGAUGAUGAAGCAUCUGAUGCUGAAGAAGUUAUAGAGGAUGAUAAAGAGCAAAUGACAAAAAUAUACAUAAGCAGUAGAACACACAGCCAACUGUCUCAGUUUAUAGGAGAAGUCAAAAGGACUGUUUUCAAAGAUGACACUAGAGUGGUCACGCUAGCUUCCAGACAACAUUACUGCAUCAAUUCUGAAGUUACUAAACUAAAAAAUGUAAAUCUUAUUAAUGAGAGAUGUCUCGACAUGCAGAAAUCGAAAUCUAAAUCAACUUCAGUAGGCGAAGACGGGAAAGUGCUUAAGAAGACCAAAACGAGAGCAUGUACCGCCUGUCCUUAUUAUAAUCAGACUAAUAUAAUCCGCUUAAAGGAGAGAAUGCUGGUGGACAUUAUGGACAUGGAAGAUUUAGUCAAAUGUGGCAAAGAGCUGAAGGCAUGUCCUUAUUAUGCUUCUAGAAUGGCUAUGGAAGAUGCUGAGAUGGUCCUAAUAAGUCACGCAGGAAUAGUAAGCUCAGGUGCUCGCUCUGGAAUAUCAUUAAAACUGGAUAACAACAUACUAAUACUAGAUGAGGCACAUGGGUUGACUGCGGCCUUAGAGAAUGCACACUCUGCACCAGUUUCGGUAAAGCAACUGAACUCAGUGAAGACAUUCUUGCAGUUUUAUAUCAACAAGUAUAGAGCGAGGUUGAGUAGCAAGAAUCUGUUGACGCUGAAUCAACUUAGUUUUGUCGUGGGGAAACUAUUGGGUAUGAUAAAACCGAAAACUUCAAGCGACAAACAACAACAUGAAACUACGAUUUACACCCUUGAGGACUUUGUGAUAAAGGCUGAAAUUGAUCACAUGAACUUACGACCUUUAGUAGAAUUUUGUAGAAACACUAGGUUAGCUCCUAAGUUACAUGGCUUCUCUAUGAGGUACAGUCAGCAAGCACUUGAGGAAGAGAUGAAGAAAAGUACGGUUAACAAAAAAAGUUCGUUCGAAAUGUUUAUGAGUAAUAUUUCUAAGAAGAAAGGUGAAAACGUUGAAGUUGAGCCGGAAGUAAAGGAAAAUGUUAGUGUUCAAGUUAAUGUGCCAACAGAGACAUCAGCGGGCAGUGGAUUGUACGCAGUGUUAGAUUUCCUAGAAAUGCUAUGCGACCGCAGUGAGAACGGACGAGUAUUGGCACAGGGAGACCAGAAUGGAUUGCUCAAGUAUUUGUUAUUGAACCCUGCUGAACAUUUCUCUGAAGUCGUGAGGCAGUGUCGAUCUGUGAUAGUAGCAGGAGGUACAAUGGAGCCUAUAUCAGAAUUCCAAGCGUUACUAACGAGCCAUACAAACAAUACAGACUCAGUGAACAUAGUUCGAUGUGAACAUGUAGUGCCGCCAGAAAAUGUACUAGGAAUAUGUCUGUCUAAAGGACCCACCAAUGUUAGCCUCAACUUCUCAUAUGAGAAUAGAAUGUCUCAUGAAUUGCUCAGUGAAGUAGGUCGUAUCCUCAGAAAUAUAUGCAGCAUAGUUCCCGGAGGAGUCGUAUGCUUCCUACCUUCAUACUCCUAUGAACAAACUGUAUAUGAACAUUUAAAAACCAAUAAAGUCGUUGAAGCCAUCACUAAGAAGAAACCCAUAUUCCGGGAGCCAAAAUCUGCUACCGAUGUUGAUCAGGUUUUAAAUAAAUUUGCAUCAGCUGUUAAGAAUAGGGAUGGAGAUCAUAAUGGAGCUUUAUUGUUGAGUGUCGUUGGUGGCAAACUCAGUGAAGGAUUAAACUUUAGUGAUGAUCUCGGGCGAUGUGUAAUGGUGGUCGGGAUGCCAUAUCCGAAUGUAAAAUCACCAGAGUUGCAGGAGAAGAUGAACUAUUUGAAUAAAACUGCAGGCGGAAGCGCAGGAAAUAUUUAUUAUGAGAAUCUUUGUAUGAAAGCCGUGAACCAAUGUAUUGGUCGAGCCGUGAGGCACGCCAAUGACUACUCUUGCGUGCUAUUGGUGGAUGAACGAUACUCAAGACCUCAAACUAUGUCCGCUUUACCUUCAUUUGUACAGAAAUCACUGAUAUCGAAUUGCAAUUUUGGUACAACGAUUAGUAAUAUAGCGAGGUUUUUUGCAAGACAUAAAGAGAAAUGA